UCUGACAUUUUGCAGAGUUGGCAGUCAGAAUCAAUUUGCAGUUAGUUCAUACCAUAAUUUUCAGAAUUAUAGACUAAAAUUAGAAAUUAUAAAACUCACCCAGACAAUCUUUCAAGUACAAGUUUGCAAGUGGAGCUAAAACAUACUCAGAUUUCUGUAUUUGGUACUUGCAACAUGGAAUAUGAUGACCAAGGAUCAGAUGAUGUUAUUCAGGGAGAAGUUCAUGAUGGCACAGGGGUAAAUGAAGAUAUUGAAAGCGUGGAACUACAAAGCUAUGGAAAUGAAAAUAUUGAGGAACAAGAGAUCCAGAAUGAAACAGAACUAGAAUACCAAGAAUAUGAUGGAGAUGCCAAUGAUGCAGAAAAUAACGAAGUUGGCGAAGAAGAAGAAUUUCAAGAUAUUGCUCAAGAGGAAGUAGCUGAGGAAGAGGAAGUAUCUCACCAACAAGAAGAAAUUUUGGAUCACGAGGAAAUUCCUCAAGAUGAGGACAGUAAUAAGGAACAAGAUGAGGCUGUUGAGCAUCAGCAAGUUGCUGGAGAACAAGAAUAUGUGGAUGAUGAUUCUAUAGAAAUCGAACAACAAGAAGAUCAGGUACAUGCAACUGAUGAAAUGCAAGAAGCUAAUGAUGAUAAAGUUGAGAAUCCGAUAAAUGAAGCAGGAGAUGACUCUAAUGAUGUGCAAGUAGAAACAACUCAAGCUACUCAAGGAGACAGUGAUGAAGAAGAUUUUGAUAAUGUUGUUGAAGUUGAAGAAGACAAAGCAGAGAGUGAUGCAGAAGAUAAUGUUGCUCAACAUGUCAGUGACAGUGAAAAUGAAGAUGAAAAUAAAACAAAUGAUAAACUUGGCGAAGUUUCAGAAGAUGAUCUUAGAGGGGCCUCUUCUGGUUCAGAGAAUGAAAGGAGUGAUGCUGAAGAUACUAAUAUUUCACCAACGAAAAAAAGAUCUGCUGUGUUGUCAUCAGAUGAUGAAGAAGAUACAGAAAAAAGCAUGAAAGAAAAACAUGAAGCUGCAAUGAAAAUGUUUGACUCAGACAGCGACAAUGAACAAAAAGAAGAUGGAGUCGGGGAUUUGAUUGCUGAUAUUUUUGGGGAAAGUGAUGAUGAAGGAGAAGAAUUCACAGGAUUUGGUGAAGAAGAAAUUGGAAAUAAAAAAUCAAAAAAAGCAAUGAUAUCUGAUGACGAAGACGAUGAUGAUGAACCACAACAUGCAGAAGUUGAAUCAGAUGAAGAUGAUGGGUUCAAGGCUCCAAAACCCUCGAAAAAAUCAAAGAUUCAAGACAAAGAUGAAGGAAGCGAUUCAGAUGAUGAAGGUGUGAGAGAUUCUGGUAAUCAAGGAAUGUCAGAUUUUGAUAUAAUGCUGGCCAGAAAAAAAGAAGAAAACAGAAGUAAAAGAAGAAGGAAAGAUGGCGGAACUUUUAUAUCUGAUGCUGACGACAUCAUUAACGCUAUGUUGACUAAAAUGAAGGAAGCCGCAGAAGCAGAUAGAGAAGCAAAUCAAAAGAGAAAACCUGCACUUAAAAAAUUAACCAUGCUAAAUACUGUUAUAAUGCACUUGAAGAAACAGACGGCAUUUGUAGACAAUGGUGUUAUUGCAGCGAUUGCGGAUUGGCUUUCAUUGCUACCUGAUCGUAGUUUACCACACAUCACCAUCAGAAGUGAAUUAUUAAAAGUAUUACACGAUCUCCCACGCCAUGUAAAAGAAACAUUGAAACACAGCGGUAUAGGCAAAUCUGUCAUGAUUUUGUUCAAACAUCCAAAGGAAAUCAGAUUUAAUAGAGAAUCAGCAGGUCGACUCAUCAAUAAAUGGUCAAGACCAAUAUUUGGCCUGAAUGAGAAUUUCAAAAGCAUGUCCAGAGAAGAACGUGAACAAAGAGAUUUGGAACAGAUGCCUCAAGCAAAACGCAGAAGACUGAGUUCGGGUGUUGCUAAAAAUCAGACAGAAGAUGGGAGACCUGAGAAUGAACUCGGUCAAUUACGACCAGGAGAAGUAGGUUUUGUAAUGAGGGCUCGUGUCCCGAUGCCAUCAACUAAGGACUAUGUUGUUCGACCCAAAUGGAAUGUCGAACAGGGUGGUGGACUUGAUGAUGAGGAAGAGUCCGCAGCAUUGUCAAAGAGAAGGCGUAGUGCUGGAGCACCAAGGUCAUCGAAAAAAGACGAACGUUUGGAAAAGCAUUUGAAAAACUUUGCAGAAAAGAAAAAGAGCUCUAAAUUACAAAGAGCAGUUAAAAUAAGUAUAGAAGGGAAUAAAAUGUCAAUUCUUUAAAAUAUGAUUUUAUUUUAAUUUUAAGAAUCAUGGUUUUGAAAGCAUGGAAUUUUUGCGUUUUUAUUCUAUUGCAAAAUAAUGGUCAAUUGUUCAAGAUAUAAGAUCAAAUAUUUGGGAUCACAAGGGAUUUAGGACCUGAAUAUCUGUAUUUACGUUGUUGUAUCAUUUCUCUUAAGUCUAUUGUUGUUCACCUCAUCAUGUUUUGGGGUGACAUUCUGCUUAUAUGUUGAUUAUUGAAGACAGCAAGGUUGAACCAAGGUUCAUUUGACACAAAAGCACUCUUGUAUGUAAGACCUAGGAAUGCAGGAAAUUUAUUGACUAUUCUGGCGAUUUUGUCAUUACCAUCAUCUUACCAAUCACAGACCAAACAUAAAAUUUGUGUAACAGUUUUGCUUUCAGAUGGUCAGUGUUUUGCCAGUCCUUUUUACUAUUAUUUUUAUUUCAAUUGUAUAAUUCCAUUUUUAAAUAAACUUACUGAAGGUUUU